CCCAGCGGGGUGGUGCUUUUGUUGACAUAGGGAUGCCCGUUGCCGUCCCUCCCCAUUCGAGCCAGUGGUUUCGCCCGCCAUGUCCAUAUACAGGAACUCGGUGUGGUUUAUGAAGGGACUGAACCAAUACUGCCGGAGUGGCUAUGAGUCGGCAAGCAAGCGCUUUGUUCCCAGCGACUUGGAAGUGGAUGUAACGGGAAGGUCAUUCAUGGUAACUGGAGCAAACAGUGGUAUUGGCAAAACAACUGCAAAAGAGAUAGCUAAGAGGGGGGGAAUAGUUCAUCUUGUUUGCCGAAACAAAGACCGAGGUGAAGAAGCCAAAAGAGAAAUAACCACAGAAACUGGAAAUCAGAAUGUGUUUGUCCAUAUUCUGGACAUGUCUGACCCCAAAGGAAUCUGGAAAUUUGGUGAACAGUUCAAGAAUGAACACAGACUAAAUGUUUUGAUCAACAAUGCAGGCUGCAUGGUAAACACAAGAGAACUAACAGCAAAUGGUCUUGAAAAGAAUUUUGCUACAAACACUUUGGGCCCAUAUAUUUUAACCACAGUUCUUCUACCUCUCUUGGAAAAAGAAGAUGACCCUAGAGUUAUCACUGUCUCGUCAGGAGGGAUGUUAGUUCAGAAACUGAAUGUUUCAGAUUUGCAGACAGAAAAUGCCACCUUUGAUGGAACAAUGGUCUAUGCACAGAAUAAGAGACAGCAAGUGGUUAUGACUGAACAGUGGGCUAAAGCACAUCCCAGCAUCCAUUUCUCUUCUAUGCAUCCUGGCUGGGCCGAUACUCCAGCGGUGCAGUCAUCUAUGCCAGAUUUCUAUGAGAAGAUGAAGAACAAAUUACGGACCGAGGCCCAGGGAGCAGACACGGUGGUAUGGCUGGCAGUCUCCUCUGCAGCGAGGAAGCAACCAAGUGGACUGUUCUUCCAAGACCGAGAGCCUGUUGCAACCCACUUGCCCCUGGCAUGGACAAAAUCGUCACCUGGUGAUGAAGAAAAACUGAUGCAGGUGCUUGAAGAACUAUCGCAGAAGUUUAAACCCCAAUAACCACUCCUUUCCACGUUCUGUUUAACAAGAGUUCCAGGAGAACAGCAGUGCGUUACAGCAGCAUUUCCCCAAACUGCAACGAAGGGUCAACUAAGCAAAUCAACACUACAAUUUAAAAUUGGAAACAAAUGUAAAUUAAUAGACUCACAAACUUUGUUUUGCGGCAAAAAAAAAUCUGAAGUAGAACAGUGUAGAGUUUCUCAGUGUUCUGGAAAAAGCUGAAAGCAUGUAGACAUUGUGCCGAUUCCUGGAAAAGUUAGCUUAGGGCCCUUCCAGACAGGCCGUAUUUCCCAGGAUCUGAUCCCAGGUUUUCUGCUUUAACCUGGAUUAUAUGAGUCUGCACUGCUAGAUAGUCUGGGAUAAACAGAAAACCGGGGAUAUAGGACCUGUCUCAAAGGGCCCUUAGCUUGUUUCAGUUGAACAAAUUAGUUGAAACUAAUUCCAGUCUCAGUAGUGUUUGCAAGGCAACCAAGAAAAAAAUAGAUGUGUUUAUUAGUCUUGGGUCUGGUUACCGUUUAAUUGUUUUGUUCAGAUGGCACGAAACAGUACACUCCCCUCUGGGACAGAAAUAUCAAUGAAACGAAAGGAAUAUGGGAAUGGUAACCAGAUUUUUGGUGCUACACUGCAGGCCCUGGCAGACAUUGGUGCUUUGGGCCUGCAGGCCACACACACACUCUCCUUGUAAAGAGGGUAUGUGUGUAGCGUGCAGGUCCAAAGCAUCAGUGCCUGCCAGGACCUGUGCCCUGCAGCCAAGUGCCUUUGGGCCUCGACAAGCAGGUGCUUUGGGCCCCAGCAAGCCGCCAGCGAACAUGGCGUGUUCCAGCCCUGUGCCAAGGAUCCCACCAUGGGUCUGCCCCUAACUCUGAUGAAGAGACCUCAGCAGUUGCGCAAAGUAGGUUUCCCAAUUGGAAGGGAAAGCGGCAAGGAGAAAUGGUGGCAGAGCUGGCCAGUUUCACCCCUCUAGCCCUAAAACUGAGGGGAAGGGGAGCAUGGGAAGCCUGCCCAUUUCCACUAAUGGGACAGAAAUAUUCAGGGGUUUUUGUCUUGGAACAAAAAAGCUCAUUUGGAAAGGCACCCGUUUUCAGGAGAAGUGCUCAAAAACAAAAACGGGGCAUUACAAAUGAAACAAACUGAUAGUGGUUCUAUACAAAUGCACAAAACUAGUGUUUAUGUCUUCAAAUUACACCAUGGCUUGUGAGGGGAGUGGAGGAAAAAGUUUUUUUGUAUUUCUCCAUAAUUUCCGACCUUCAGUUACCAAUUUUGCACUUGUUCUUUUUAAAGCCAAAGAGUUUUCUGCUUCUAACAAGCAGGGCAUAUUGCGAAUACAGUUGGCUCUGUUCCACUGAUGUGAUAGAAAGUUUCUUGCCAUGCCUGCUUCCAACAAAUCUGUGACUAUGGAUCAGUUCCUUAAAAUUAGAGCUGGAAGUUGCUUUGUUAUAAAUUAAUAGUGUAAACAUGUAAUAGAUUUAAUAUAUUUUGUAACCACUGACAAUUAAAUUUUAAGGAUAAAUAAUAUGCACUCAAGAGACAAA